UCAUUCUUGCAUCUCAUUUUCACACACAUUUCUCCACUUGUCUCCAUUAUUCUACAGAUAUAGAUUGCCGAGUAGAGAAGCAAGCACCGAUCUAUUUCAUCAUGCCUUAAGCAUAGUUUUGGUCCAACCUCAUCAUCCAUUGCAAACAAACAAGUAAGCAAACAUGUUUUCUGCAGCAAUAGUAGUAGUACAAGCUUGCCUUGUUUUCAUGUUCAUACAUAUAAUUUUCAGAUUGUUGUUGCAACCAAAAAAACAAAGAAACAUAGAUGGGAAAAAACCACCAGGUCCAUCAUCACUACCAAUCAUUGGCAACCUUCACAUGAUAGGUACCUUGCCUCAUCGUACACUUCAAUCCCUGUCCCAAAAACAUGGUCCCAUCAUGUCCCUGAAACUGGGAAAACUUCCAACUAUUGUGGUUUCAUCCUCUGAAACCGCUGAGCUGUUCCUCAAAACGCACGACCUCGUUUUUGCAAGCAGGCCAAAGGUUCCAGUAUCUAAGAUCUUGUUCUACGGAAACAAAGGGUUGGCGUUUUGUGAGUAUGGUUCGUACUGGCGUAGCGUGAAGAAGGUGUGUGUUUUGCAGCUUCUUACGACGUCGAAAAUUGAGCUGUUUGCUCCUAUUAGGAAGGAGGAGCUUGGUGUGGUGGUGAAGUCGCUGGAGGAAGCUGCAGCAGUGGGUGAGGUUGUGAAUCUUAGCAAGGUUUUGGAGAAUCUUGCAGAGGAUAUAGUGUAUAAGAUGAUAUUGGGGUGUAGUAAGAAUGAUGAACAUGAUUUGAAGAGGCUAAUUCAUGAAGCUCUCACUUUGCUUGGAACUUUUGAUCUUGCUGAUUUUGUGCCUUGGAUAGGCCCAUUUGACCUUCAGGGAUUAACACGGAGGUGCAAGAAAACCAGUAAAGCACUUGAUGUGGUGCUGGAGAAGAUAAUAACAGAGCAUGAACAAACUGCUAAUAAGGAAGGCAAAACCCAUCAUCAUCACAAAGACUUUGUAGACAUACUACUCUCAAUGAUGAACCAACCUCUGAAUUCCCAAAACCAUGUCAUCAUCAUGGACCGAACUCACAUCAAGGCUAUUUUACUAGACAUGAUUAUAGCCUCAAUUGAAACAUCAGCAACCGUGAUCGAAUGGGCUUUAUCAGAACUCUUGAGCCAUCCAAGGGUGAUGAAAAUCCUACAAGAUGAGAUAGACAAUGAAGUGGGAAUUUCAAGAAUGGUGGAGGAGAAUGAUUUGGUGAAGUUGAGUUACUUGGACAAUGUUGUGGAUGAGACAUUAAGGUUGCACCCUGUUGCACCCUUACUAAUCCCUCGUGAAUGCAGAGAGAGCAUCACAAUCAAUGGCUAUUACAUAGAGAAAAAUUCAAGAGUCAUAGUAAAUGUUUGGGCAAUAGGGAGGGAUCCUAAUGUUUGGUCAGAAAAUGUUGAAACAUUUUAUCCAGAGAGAUUUGUCAACAAGAAAAUGAAUUAUCAGGGGAAAGAGUUUCAUUCAGUACCAUUUGGUUCAGGACGUAGAGGUUGUCCUGGGGCUCAACUGGGUUUGGUUACUGUUAAACUGGUUUUAGCUCAAUUGGUGCAUUGCUUUAAUUGGGAUCUUCCUUCAAAUAUUAGUCCUGCCAAUUUGAAUAUGCAAGAGAAAUUUGGGCUCACCAUAACAAGAGUUCAGCAGUUGCAGGCAAUACCCACUUCUCGUUUAGCUAAUGAUGCAUAGCAUGAAUUAAGUCCAAAGGUAUAUAGGAUCUAUAUAUAUAUAUAUGAUGCUCUACACUACACAGUAUAUAAGGUAACUGCUAGUAGUGAUAUGUUUUUGCAUACACAGGAUGUUAUUAGCAAUAUGCGGGGAAGAAAGUCUUUGUAUUUAAUGGAUUGAAGUUGUAUUAAACCUUAAAAGUAAAGGAUGUUCUAAAUCAUCCAAGAUUUUUUUGGAUAUGCAAAUAUCAUUUGAAGGGUGUGUAAAAUGUAUCCCUAAUACACUUGUUGAAUAUGCAUUCUUGGUAAAGGAAGAACACGUUAAUGGA